AUGCAUCAUUGGGACGGAUACGCCUCUGAAUCGACCUUCAUUUACAAGUGUGUGUGCGAGUGCAGUGCAGCCUUGGAUCCAGCGUGGAACCACCACGGUCCGCCCGGGCGCCCAGCCUUCGGGCCGGAGACGCUCCAGACCAGCAACUACUCUCUGGUGUUGCUGAUUCAGCUCAGCCUGCUCUCCUUCGACCUGUUCGUCAACUCCUUCAGCGAGCUGCUGAGGACCGAGCCGGCCGUCCAGCUCGUACUUUUCAUAAUCCAAGACAUUUCCAUCCUGUUCAACCUGAUCAUCAUUCUGUUGAUGUUGUUUAACACCUACGUGUUCCAGGUCGGCCUGGUCGCCAUAUUGCUGGAGCGAUUUAGAGCUCUGCUAAUGCUCUCUGCUCUCUACCUGACCUUCAGUAUCAUACUCCACUCCUGGCUCAUGAAUCUGCGUUGGUUGAAUAUCAACAGAUUUAUUUGGACAGACGGCCUUCAGGUGCUGUUUGUGUUCCAGCGAACCGCUUCUGUGCUGUACUACUACCUGUACAAAAGGACCUCGGAGUAUCUGGGCGACCCUCGGCUCUAUGAGGAUUCACCGUGGCUGCGAGAACUGUUCGCUCGGGUCCGACAGUGAUCUCACAUGACGGCGCAAAGAGCCAG